AUGUUAUUUUCAUUCAUAUUAUUUGCUAUUAUCUUUAUCAAUGUUAACAGUAGUAGUUCAAAUUGUACAAAUCGAGAAUUAAUCGAACAAUCACUCAAUAAAGUACAUAUUCCCGGUGCAGUAAUCAUCGUUGUUGAUGCCAAUAAUAUACUUUAUGAACAAGCUUUUGGUUAUCAAUCUUUAACAUCUUUGAAACCUAUGGAUAUUGAUCAAUCAAUUUUUGCACUUGCUUCUAUUUCGAAAACAUUUAUUGCUGUUGCUGUUAUGCAAUUAGUUGAAAAAAAACUCGUUAAUCUUGAUACCGAUAUUAAUAUGUAUUUGUCAGAUAAUCGAAAAAUCUUUCAUCCAAUUUAUACAAAUAAUUCGAUUACUUUACGCAAAUUACUUUCACAUUCUGCAUCAAUUGCUGUUGAUAGUGUAUUACAGAGUACAUUCUUUCAACCAGGUGAUAAUGCAUUUCUUAAAGAAACAUUGUCUGAUCUAUGUUUUAAAUAUUUAAAUCCAAACACAUCAAAUUGGUUACCACGACCACCAGGAAAUGUAACAUUUUAUUCAAAUGAAGGUACAUCAUUAGCCGCAUUAGUUGUUGAACGAGUUUCUAAGAUGUCCUAUGAUAAAUAUGUGGAAGAAAAUAUUUUCAAACCAUUGAAUAUUGAUAUUUCUAAAACUGGCGUUCGUUUGAGUGAUUUUUCAAAUACAAAUGAAUUUGUUGAACAUUAUGCGUAUAAUGCAUCUCUUCUUCCAUUAUGGAAUCAAGAAUUUCCACUAUUAAAUAUAACACAGAUGAAAGGAAAUCUUUCAACAUGGUUGCAUAUUUCACUAUUUGGUUUUAGUGGUUAUCCAGCAGGUCUUUUACGAAUGUCAGCUCGUUCUUUAUCUCUUUUUCUUCGAAUGUUUAUCAACAAUGGAUAUCCACUUCUUUCUUCUGAAUCUAUUAUUGAAAUGAAAACAAUCGUUGGUAAUAAUCAAAUCUAUCCUUAUCAACCAAAUUUUGAUAAUAAUUCUUCACAACAAAUUCCAGCAAGACGAUAUGGACUCUGUUGGAAUUGGCGAACACUAAAUGAUGGUCAUCAGUAUAUAGGUCAUGGUGGUACUUUACCGGGUAUGACACAUCUAAUGUUAGUCAAUGAAAAACAUAAUAUUGGGGUUAUUAUUCUAACUAAUUCUGAUACGAAUGCACCAAUUGAUUUAACUCCACAAAUAUUUGAAACAAUCGAAAAUAUUCAUAUGUCACUUUUUAAAUGUUUUGAAAAGAAUCAUGCUAAUUCAUUUUUAUGGAAUUCUAAUCAGUUGGUUUUGGGAUUUUACGCUCUUUUUAUAAUAUUUAAUCUAUAA